GACCCAGGAGAAGCUUUGUUUCGGGUUUUCUUCUUUUUAAACUUUGCAAUGUAGUGACAUACUCUUUGUUUCAUCCAUGUCUCCCGUGUCCAGUUUGAUGGAGCAGCAUAUUAAGACGUUUUCUGUUAACUGUUUGGGACCAGCUUAGCUUUCCACAUUCACCUAGCCUAGGCGUUUAUGUGGUGUAGCCUGGAAUUCAAGGCAAGUUAUUUUAGUCAUAUGCGUGGUUCUGGUCAUUGUAUGAACUGCAGAGACGGCCUCUGUGGAUGCAAUUAAAUGCUUCCUUCUGCUCAUUUAAUUGGGGUGAAAAUGAGAACUCUGCAUCAGGAUGUCCCUGCUUAAAGAAUGUAAAUAUCAAGUGCACGUAGAUCUUUUCAAUGUGUCCACUGUGUUUCUUCAGGCAGGAUGCCCCUGUAUAACUGGAGGGAUACGUACAAGAUAGCUUAAUUUAGCAUGUAAGUACUGGUUUGUAUGCACAUCAGUUUUAAGACUGCUCAGUAAAUAUUAUACAGUAUAUCGUGUAAAGCUUUCUGUUAAAUUGUGGUUAAAUAUUCAGAAAAGUUAGUAUUGCCUUCUCAGUGCAGAAGUGGACAGUGCUGCAAAAGUCCAAACUGAAAAGUGGGCUUUAUCCAGCAAGUGACCAGGUCUAAAUGUCAGGUACGAGCCAACAAACAUUGUGGAUGUUAGGGAACGGAUUAUUUCAUUAGCAGAAGUGGCAAGGAAGUUCAGCAGCUGGCUGUUAGGCACAGUCAGGCUUUGUCUUUGAGGGCCUUCUGGAAAAGGAGAUCUGAGACUGAUCUGGAGCUCAGGCAUUAGGAAAGUGUUUAAAGAAAUGGGGAAGGUUCUUCCAAAAACUGAGCUAGGAAGAGGCAGAGGAUGUUAAAACUGGUAAAAUGGAGUUUUCCUGGUCUUUCUGAAGCUGUGCCAUGCACCUUACUGGAAUUUACCAUGUACUUCUUAGGAACGAAUUUUGGAGAGCUAGAAAAGGGGAAUUCUGGUUCAUGCCAACUUUGAUUUUGUAUCUUGUACAUCAUUGCAUCAGAGAAUACUCGGUUGCCAACAUCAGGUGUUUCGUAGAGCCUCUUCUGGACCCUGAUCUAUAUUUUGGUUGACAGUGAUGGAGCAAUGGGGGAUUCUCCAUCCAUGGUAGAUAUGAUACAGUAAUGUCCUGGGCAGAAUUAAGGGGUUUUUUUGCAGGAGCUAUUAUACCUCUCUUUUGCUUUUAGUCGUGGUGCGUGUUUGGUUUUUAAUACAGAUGUGUUGCGUUACCUUCCCAGCUGUGUUCAGUACCCUGCAUACCGUGAGUCUGUUAUGUACAUUACUUAUGACAACUUCUUUUGGAGGAAGUUGUAGCUCAUCCUGCUGUAGGCUUGAAGUGUAUGCCGAAUACUUCUGGGGGAAACAACUAACUAGAAAUCUUCACAAAGGAAUAUAUUUGGCAAUAAUGAAUCAAAUGGACAAAAAUCAACAGGAAGUCCCAUCAUACCUUCAUGAUGAACCACCAGAAGGGUCACUCAAAGACCACCCGCAGCAGCAGGCUGGCAUGCUUUCUCGUGUGACUGGUGGCCUCUUCAGUGUCACAAAGGGAGCUGUUGGUGCCACGAUUGGGGGCGUUGCUUGGAUUGGAGGGAAGAGCUUGGAAAUUACCAAAACAGCGGUCACAUCUGUGCCUUCCGUGGGAGUGGGUCUAGUCAAGGGAAGUGUUUCUGCUGUAGCUGGAGGUGUUACAGCUGUAGGAUCUGCUGUUGCAAGUAAAGUGCCUUUAACAGGAAAGAAAAAGGACAAGUCUGACUAAAACCAAAAAACCAAAACUGAGACAUACUCAAUUCUCCAGAAUAUUGCAUCAGUGGCAUUAAAAUCUGCUAAGAUUGGGACCAUGAGAAGCCAUGUGUCUUAGACACUUUAUCUUCUAAUGAGUUGUGCAAGUAACUCGAUUUCAUCUGAAACGGACAGAAGAAGCUUGGCUAGCACAGCGUAAGAGGAUUUAUUAGAGCCUAGAUUGAAGCUUUGUAUCUGGUGAAAUGUUACACUUGAUAACUAUAGAAGUGAGUGUAUCUGAAGGAAUAAUACAUAUUUGAAUAGUCAUUUACUGUACGUCUUCUGCAGUUUUGGACUAAAAUGUGAAUGUGGAAACUUGGUAGUCUCUGUGAUGUCAUCGAUACAACGAGAUGCCAGUUACUGUUCUCAGUGGUUCCCACAUCCUCCUGCUAAGGAUCCUUCAGCUGUGUAAAAGCACUGUUGGACGUACCCAGUCUUGGUUAUGAAUCUAUAUUUGCAGGCAGCCUGUAAAUAUCCCUGACUGCAUUCUGCCAGUGAAGAUUGGAGCAAAGAGACUGGAGGUGUGCAGAAAUUGGAAAUGAGAAUGGGAGAUAGAAAUGAAAAAGUUUAACAACGUCGUAGAACGGAUCAUAAAGAGUAAACUAACUUAAUGCCUUAUUAGAAGAAAAAUCUCUUUUUACUAGGUGAAGCUGUGUAAAGAACUGUCCUGUCAUUUCAGUGCAGUUUACAGAAUGAGCUUUAGGCUCUUUAUAAAUCCUGAUAUCUGAAACUUUGUUGGUUUUUACUGAAAACAUGAUUGCUUCAUCUCAGGUGUAUUUAAUAAUAUGCAUCUAUCUCCUGCAAGUGAGAACUUGCUUCUAAUAAACUUCUUAUAGACACUAGAAAAAAUGACAGCCUAUGGAAACUGGGCUGCUGUUUGUGGUCAUCUAGCACAGCUGUCUAACUUGCUAGGAAUUCUUGUGUAGCUGGAAACCACUGAAGAACUAGCAAAGCUGUUCUCUCAACUCUGUGAUGCACCAGGUUAGCUUUUUGCUCUGUUUAAGCAAAUGCAAGGCAAUUUUCACUACCUUUCUCAUACUUUUCACUUUGAUUUUUGAGUAAAAUGCAAUACUUUUAUUUAAAGCAAACCAAAAACAGUAGAUGAGGCCUUAAAAAAAAAUAAACAAAACAUGAUUAAAGUAAUUUGUAUACUGACAGGUUCCAAAUGUUGACACCUCAAACAGGAACACCUGUACAUCCUCUGCAGCAUAUGAGGCAAAAUGCACUUGUAAUGGCACAGCGUGAGGUUGCCUUAAAAUAGAAACUAUUUGUGGUCUUUUAUCUGUUUAGUGAUUUUGCAAAUAAGUAACCUCUUUGGAAGCCCAUGGAAGGCAUCUGUUCAUGUUGUGUAUGCAGUAUUUUCUAAAAACUUGUGUUUCUAUAGAGAACUUGUACGCUUGUUUUUUCAGUCGCUGUGGUUGUACUAGAAGGUUAUAUGGGGAGGACUUUUUAAAAAUGAAAAAGACCUGAAACAUCAUGUGUCAAACUCAGUCCUCUGUUCAUGGGUGUUGAAAGCACACCAUGUCUCAAUUAGGGUACUGUAGUCACCCAGUCUCUCUGAGCCAUUGGUACUUCAGCUGCACUCUGUAACAAGUUUAUUUUAUAUCAGAAAUUGUAUGUUGGAAGCAUGAUACUUGUAAGCAUGGGAACUUGGGGUGGUAGGGAGAGCAAAAACCCAAGAAAUGGCGUCUGCUCCUUCUCUUAGAUGCACCAGCUGCUUGGUUCUGAUCUGCAAGGAUGUAAUGAGGUAAGUUGAUGCAAGAAAUGGAAGGCUUUAACUAUUUUUUUAUAGUCAAAAGCAAAUUGCAUAGAAUAUAGUAUUGUUUAGAGGUACCGGUUAGCUCUAGAAAUGAGCUAGCCUGGAUAUCAGAGGCAGUCUUGCUGCAGCAUAUAAUUUAGUAUGAUCUGCUCCCCUGCAAUUUCCAAUGUAGCAAUAUUCCCCAAGUGCUGCUGCUGAACUCUUUGGGAGUCACCUGUUUGGAGCACAGUGAUAAUUUGUGACACUCAAGCAAACUCUUCCUAAUAGUUUUCUGUAAAUGGGAAUGUUGAACUGGUCAUACCCAUUGUUUUAUUAAAUUCUUUAAUUUUAAACUAUGAAACUUGCAGCAAAACAAGCAUGGUCUGAGAUAAGCAAUGUUAGGUAUGUAAAGAGUUGCCAACACUUUGUUUUGUUCUUAACAUAUCCUGUAGCUAUUAUUUUGAGUCUUGUAACUGAAACACUUUUACAUGGCACAUGGUUUUUGUUUUUGAAGAGCUUUGUCCUAUAUCCUGUGUGUUUUCCAUUCACUUAUGAAACUUGCUUCAUCUUAAAAACUUGUUCCAAUUCUGUCAUGGCACCUGUGAAACAUUAAAUUGUUGCUGUUUCAGACA